GAAACACCUCUGAGCAUUCUAAAGCUCAUAGUCCUCUCCUUCCGGAGCAUUUCACAUCGCUCUCAUCUCCGGCUGCUUGCAUCCAGCGCCUCGUCACUCUGCAAAACAACAGCACAUACCUCCAAAGGAUGAGCCGCAGCAACAGGAAGAGCUCUAGGGGCCUUGACCUGAAACUGAACCUCUCGCUUCCUGCAACAGGGGGCUCCUCCAGGAGGGCGAUGGCUGAUGAGGAGUCAUCCCCAAGCUCCUGCCUGUCGUCAGAGAACGAGCAUGGCCUUCAGUGGUCCAACAGCCCUGAGGCCACAUCCAUGGUUCUUGCUGCCUGUCCUCGCUGCUUCAUCUACGUCAUGCUCCCACAAGAUGACCCUCGGUGCCCCCAGUGCAAGAGCCCUGUUCUCCUUGACUUCCUGCAGGACAACAACAGCAACAGUAAGAACAACAGUAAUAAUAGCAGCAGGAGGAGCAGGAGGGGAUGAGCAAUAUGGUUCCAUUAGGCCGCACAACAUCAAGAAAAAGAGCUAUAUGAAGUCCUAGGUCCAGUAGUUCUUUUUUGUCCAGUCAUUUCUUCAGUGUAACUGUGAUAUAUCCAUACUAAAAUUGCGAAGCUAGCACCCAUACGCUAGUAUCAAAGUUUUGAUAUAUCACAGAUACACUGACGAGGGCUAUAUCUUUCAUCCUUGUUUCCUUCCUUUGCGGCUCUAAAUGUAAUAGUUUUGUUUAGACAUAGGACCAGACUUCCUAUCUUUUCGUUUCAAGAUAAGAAAAGUUCACCCUGAUAGAGUGAAAUUGAGAAGUAACUUCAUUCUAUCAUACAUAGGAGCUUCAAAUCCAA